GUAGGAUCCUUGUUCAGCCAUGUUAGUUUUCUCUGCUGCUCACAAACGAUGAGACAGAGGAGCCAUGGCCUUGUCAUUGAGCGGAGACGAUGAGGAAUAUGAUUCAGAGUCGGAGCAGGUCAGAGAUCUCACUUUAAUAUGACGGCUGAUGUGUUCGUGUGUAGUUUAAAUGUCAAUCUGCUGCGGGAUAUUCGGCUUUUAUGCUCGGAGUGCUGUUUUUUUCUCUUCAGCUGCUUCAGGUUACCUCGGGGUGUUUAGCCGCUCUUCUUGCUUCCAGGUCAAAUUUAAAGCAGAAUAGUGUCUUUUUAAAACUUAAUUUUCAGUUAAUAUCAUUUAAGAGCGUUAAACUUUGUAGAUUGAUCAGUACACAGAGUUAAACAGACUUGGGCUGAAUUCAAGUAUUGAUACACGCUGACUGUACAAACACACCGUGUCCUCUCCACCUUGGACAUCUUUACGUCCUCACAACUGACCCAUUUUCAUACAGACAGCAUCCUAUCACCUAACACUGAAACCCAGUUAUAUUCAUGGAUAAAAGUGUCUGUAAUCCGGACUUCUCUCAGUUUAAACAGUUUCUCUUUCAGCUUAGAUUUACACAUGUGCCCUUAAUCUAACACGUCCUCUCCUCUGAUGAAUUUCCCCUCACUUCCUUUACAUUUCCUUUACAGAAACUUGUGUGUGAUUGUUAUUUAGUCUGGACAGAUCUCUGGAGGAGGGGGAUGGGAGAGGGAACAAUAAGGGGGGCUCUACUUCUGCUGCUUGGCUGUCCAGUUGGUCCCAGACUGACCCCUCAAACCCCCCAGCUAAACUGACUGCACUCUUAUUGUUGUGUUCAUCUGUCUUCCUUGUUUUAAUCUCUUCCCACUAAGCUCAAAUUUGAUGCUUUCUAACAAGGCUGGAGAGAGAUAUUGCACAAGAGAAAUCUGAGAAGUGCUGACAUAAGAGCCCGCUCCUUCUGCUUACACAAUAUUUACACCAACAGUUCAUGAGAAAGUGUUCGCUCUGGUCUGUUGUGACACACUGUUCACUAGUAUUCCCGGCAUGUGUGAAGAUCCACUGUACACGAGCAGUAAACCAUGAACCUCCUGACUCUUUUCCUCCCUCUGAAAUCCACGCUGAAGCUGACUCAGAAGAAUAUAGGCCAUGUUUUUGUUCACAGGCCUCAGCAACCAAUCCCAAAUUCCUGACAUAUUACUGAACAGAGUUACAGUAAAAGAGGGUCAGCUGAUGUCGGCCGCUGCGGUUUCUUUAGCCUCAGAUCGCUUUAUUCUUAUCAGGCGGAUAAGGAAGGUGAAAAAAAAACAAAGUUUGUCAGUUUCAUGCGUUCAAAUCUUUGUAGUCACAUGGUUUUAAAUAAGCUUGUUUUUUUUUACUUGGACAAAAUGAAACUUUCCGAGUGAAUGAAAAGAUUUAAGAAACAAUGAGAGACUAUUUUAGGGUGAUCAGCUGUUUUCUGCAGCCAGCCGUGUACUUUCACUUGUUCCUGCUUUUAAAAACUUGGAGAUAAUGAGAAAGUUUCGAGACGCAAAAAUGAAAGUAGAUAUUCCUGUAUGUGUGUAUUUUAAAGCAGCUAAGUGCUGGUGAAAAAAUGGUUAUCUUUUAUGAAUAAAUAAAGCACUUCGGUGUUUUUCCUCUGACAUAAAUGAUGAUAAAAUGUAUUUAUACAGCAUCUUUAAAGAACGGUCGUCACAAAAAAGGAAAAUCCAACAUGACAAAAACAUCCACAAAUAGUCGACAGUUUGCAGAACCAUGAGUGUGUUUCACUGAUUCAGGAUUAGUUAAAUUAAUCUUGUCUUACUGGCUAAAUAACCAACUUAACUCAGUGCUGAGUAACACAUGAUAUCGACCGUCGUGAUAUCAAAUGUCAUCAGGUGUUGGAGAAACAAAACUGCCAACCACCUGCUUCGUUGAUAGGAUAUUAAAAAAUUCAUAAGGCGACGUCAGGAAAUUAAAAAGCAGCUGAAAAAAUAAAAACCCUGAAAGUUGAGGGUCACAGCCGCCCUGCAGAUGUUUUACAUCACCCUCAGGUUUUCACACAGAUUGAUGAGGAGCUGUCAGUGGGAUUAAAACCCGCUCUGAUUACAUUUACCAGCAGAAAUAAAAACAACAAAAAUGGUCGAAUGAAAUCUUAGAAAUGGAGAGUGCUGGUUCUUCCAGGACGUGUUUAUUCUCUGUCACAGAAAGCUGGAGUCUGAUUUGUAGCUGGAUGUGUCUGUUUGUGUCAGAGCGGCUCACAGCGCCCUGCCAUUGUUAUCCAGGCGUUAUAUAAACACUAAAGUACAAGCGAUGAAGCAGUAAUCAGAGAGAGAAUAAAGACAUGAGAGGAGCGCUCACUCGCUCGCUCACUCGCAGCCUCCUACUCCAUCAUAACCUCCUCAUGUGAGCCUAUUUUUAUCCUUCUCUUACACUCCUCUGUUCAGACUGUUGCCACCAGCUCUGCUGAACGUGUUUCCAAGGUAACCCCUCCUGAAUCGGUGUGAUGCUCCAUGAUUUGUCUUAUUUUCCUGUUGGGUUCUGGUCCUGCCAUGGCAACAGGGAAGAGCCUAAAAAUAAAUGUGAAGAAUAAAAAGAGAAAAGAGGAAAAUUAGGGGUCUUAGAUGCUGAGCUGUGGGCGUGUGCUGAGCUUUUACAAAUAUGUAAAAUUAGGUAAAUCAGCCUCUCGGGUUUCUUCUGUGAGUCACACACACACACACACACACACACACACACACACACACACACACACACACACACACACACACACACACGCAGAGAGAGUGUGUGAACGGAGAGGUGAGCCUGUGGUGUUAAACGUUGAUUAUGUAAAUGUGUGUUUGAGCAGAGGACUUCUUCUGCUGACGUUUUUGUCGGUUUCCUUUUCCUGGAUGACGCUCUUCUUCUACGUUUGGUUCAGUCAGAAAUGAGAGCACCGUAAACGAUGAUGAACGAGGUCAUUUUUACAGUUUAAUAUCAUAUUUUAGACGAUGCAGAUGAGUUAUUAUGGAAGAGAAAGAAGUUUAAUCUCCCUGUCAGUCUGUAACCACGAUGGUUUCUGUCCGGAUGUUUUUGACGACAGAGAAUUUCAGAGUUUUGUUCAGGAGCAGAAAUAACAAAGUUGAUGUUUACUGGACGAAGGUUGAUUUAUUGAAAGGAAGAUGAGAGAUUUUAAGCCUGUUGGAUGAUUAUAAAACUGAGAACUACUAAAAAAAAAGUGAUAUUUAAACCGAUAUGGUGAGUCUGAGUCAUGAUGCGUCAUUAAAAAUCAUGAAAUAAAAGGAGGAAAUCGUUGGCGGCGUUUUGUUUUGGUUCUUCUGAACUUUGAGGCGAUUCUCAUAGAAAAGAAAACAGAAGAAAAUAAUUAUGACUCGACUUUCGAGAUCAUCUUGUAGCUGCAGGAACAGCCUGUUAUGACUCAAGUGAACACAUGAGUCAUCAGAUGUUUAUGUUCAUGCAUGACCCUGAUGAGCACCUGAAACAGAUGACUCAUGCAUCAGCACUUUUCACCUGCUGAUCAGCUGGAAGAUUGUAGUUUUUUCAGGUGUGCACUCGUCACUUCCUGCAGACCGCCUGUUUCUUUCCCGCCCUGUGUCUGACUCUUCUCACGUUUUGUCCUCCAACAGCGGGCAGCCAACCGGCCAAAGCCCCCGAAGAUGGCGGGGACGACGUCGGCUGUUAAACUGCCGUCCAAUCGCAGCUCGUCUGGGGCGCGGCGCAGGAGGACGCGCUGCAGAAAGUGCGAGGCGUGCCUGCGGACCGAGUGUGGCGAGUGUCACUUCUGCAAAGACAUGAAGAAGUUCGGAGGACCUGGGCGCAUGAAGCAGUCGUGCAUCAUGAGGCAGUGCAUCGCGGUAAGUGCGCGGUCGUGUUGUCAUCAUGGGUCGGUAUAUUCGAGUCAAAGUUCGGUGAGAUGAUUUCCUGCCUGUUCUCGCCGCUGCAGCCGGUCCUGCCUCACACGGCGGUGUGCGUGGUGUGUAAAGAGGCGGGGAAAGAAGACACGCUGGAGGAAGAGGAGGACAAGUUUAACUUCAUGCUGAUGGAGUGCUCCAUCUGCAACGAGAUCGUCCAUCCAAACUGUCUGAAGGUAAAGAGACACACACGUCCGCCUCAGUGCACUCAUUCACACGCUGACUCACGUCUGUGAGAGCGCCAGGAAUCCCAGGACCACCUCUCAUGACGGGAGUGAGUCAGACACUUGGACUCGAGUCCCUGAAGGUAAUUGGAGGAGGUGGACCUGCCAUUGUUUAUUUAACACAGAGAACACUCAUCCUCCUGCUCAUGUGUGACUUCAUCAUCCACAUGGUUAGAGGAGCGAGGUCCUUAAUGAACGAGUUAAAAGACUCAAAACACAAACACGCCCCGUCUGAACCUGAGCCAAAACCACGGCACAGGCUGCUGGCAGAGGCCCGGUCCGACCCGUUUCUCAGACGAGCAGCACCAGGAUUAUUUUUAUCAGCGUUGUAAAUAACAGAGCCGUCAAUAGAGCUUCAGAGUCUAGAUUCCACUUCCUUUUUCUGUUUCCUGCGAGAGGAAAGACUCGGAGGUUAAACUGCUGACCUGCCAAACCCUCACUUUCACUUCCUCCGCUCACUUUGUUUCUGCUUUUCUUCUCGUCCCUCAGGUGAGCGACGCCUCAGGUGUGGUGAACGACGAGCUCCCUAACUGCUGGGAAUGUCCUAAAUGUAACCAUGCCGGGAAGAGCGGAAAAGUGAGUACAAAUAUGUGUGAGUCAGAGGGUUCAGAUUAUGUAACCGAGCGCAGGAAGAACUUUCACUCAGAGAGAGAGCGAGCCGUGGUGGUGGUGGUGUUUUCACCUCCUGUUUCCGCCUCUCUGGUUUGUGAAAGUCUCUCAUGUUUGAAACGUCUCGCCGGCCUCAUGAUGUUUUUAUAAAGCUGUGGUUCUGCUCGCUGUAGGCUAAAGGUAUAAAGUCGUCUCCCACUGUUUGUCCCCUCUGGUAUUGAAGCAAAAAAGGGGUCCAGGGUUCAAGUACGCCUCCAACCUCCCCGGCUCUCUGCUGAGGGAA